GCUGUGGACAAUCAAACACUCUCAGUCACCGACCAACCGCUACCCUCGUCACACGACAACAAUGCGAUCCAUCCUCCCUCUCUCACUCUCGCUUUCCUCUUUACCCUUCCUUGCCUCCGCAACCGUUGGCUUUGGCGGCGAGUGGUGGCUCAACUCGUGGGGCGUCAACAGCGGCGUAUGGGUCGCCUCCUCCAAGACGACCCUCCAGGUUCCCGCGGCGCCAAACCCGCAGACUGACCGCCUCGCGAUCUGGCCUGGGAUGGAGACGGCGAACAAGGGUCUCGUUCAGAGUAUCAUCGUUUCGUUUGCGGACCCUGCUAGUAAUUGCGGUGGCCAGCCUGGCCAGUGGUGCGUCUUUGCGAGCUUCAACGACGGAAACACGAAUGCCCAAACCGCCGGAGCUUACGUCCCCGUGAGCGAGGGAGACAUGUUGGACAUGGAUUUCAACUACGACGAUUCGACAGGCACGACGGUGCAGAACGUGUACAGAGAUGGUCAGCUGCUGUCUACGUUCACAAGCAGCUCUGGCAGACCGUAUGCCUGGAACAUCGCGGUUGAAUGUCAGGACAACGUCAGUGGGAACAUGCCCGCCCACACAUACCACAACACACAGAUCAUGCUUGGCGCGGCCGAUCCCGACUGGGGAAGCACGCUGUCCAAGACUGGCACAAGCGACUCGGGAUUGUUGACGCCCGAUGGCGGGCUGACGUGGAUCGUUGACACGGUCAACGUGGACUCGUACCCCUGUACCCCGCAGUAA